AUUCCAGUGAUGUAAGUAACAUAAUCAGAGGUUCAGCAAUCUAGGGAUUUCCCGUUAACUCGGAAGCAUUCCCAGUUCGUAAUGUCUCUCUGACUCGUACUUUUCAGCUUACGUUCGAUGGAGGGCGAAUCUUACACCAUAAGCAACACCAGCCAUUUGCUCGGUUCUGUUCCCGCUGUCAUAGCCGAUGAAAAGAGCACAGCUCAUAACGUUCCUUAUGCAAGCAUGCAAACAUUCCCCCUUACCAAUGGGGUUGACAAAGGACAUGGAUAUCAAAUUUCUGGAACUCCAACUGAAGCAUUUGGGCAACAAUCAACAAGCUACUGGCGGAGAAUCUUCAGUGUCUCAUCCUACACGCAAUAUUUCAACGUGGACACGGAUGCUGUUGUAAACAGAUUGAUGAGUUCCUUGAAUCCAGUUGGCGGAGAUUUUUUUAACAAGAUAGAUGCUAAUCCUGAUUUAUACGGGCUAAUAUGGAUCUCAACAACAUUGGUUUUUGUACUUGCCUUACUUGGAAAUAUUGCCACAUACCUUACGCAGAAACAUGUGGAUAACACUACUUCUUGGAGCUUUGAUGUCAGCUUCGUAAAUGCGGCUGCGUGGUGUAUCUAUGGUUAUGUUAUAGUGGUCCCGUUGGCAUACUACUUUUUCCUUCAGUAUAUGGGUUCAAAUGCUAACCUUAUUCGGUUCUGGUGCAUGUGGGGGUAUUCCCUCACCAUUUUCAUUAUGUCCUCUUUUCUAUUGCUUGUUCCGGUUGGAAUUCUUCGUUGGAUCAUAAUAAUCCUUACAGGCGUUGCUUCAGCUAGCUUUGUUGCCUUGAACCUAAGGUCUUUUAUAGACGGAAAUGAUGUUUCGGUGGCUGUAAUUGCUGCAUUUUUCUUGCAAAUAGCUUUGGCUGUCUUCAUCAAGGUCCGUUUCUUUGCAUAACUUUAAGCAUUGCAGUAAUGAAGAAUAAAAUCCAAAUCACUGUCAUUGUUACCCACACCACACCGACCCACGCUACUGGCUAACUCUGUUUAAAACGUUGGGUAGAAUUAUCUGCAACAGAUAUGGUUUUUGUAAUUUUGGUUUAUUGAUGAUUGCAAGUACAAGGUUCUGAUUUGGUUGUUCUCGACAUCUGAGCUCCUUUCAUGUUUUUUGUAAUUAUCGGAUUUCAGUUCCUUUCAUUUUUUUUUUGUAAUUACCAGAUCUCUCAUUUCAACACUUUAGUGGAGCUGAAAAUGAUGUCUUACUGUUACAUAUCUUAAUUAGGAUCUAGGAUGUACAGAUUCGUGAUAUUAUGACUAAAGCAAUUCAAUAUGAUC